AUGCCGAGAAAGACGAAGCGUCAGUCCAAUGAGACUCCGGCUCGUUGGUCCGCUGAAGAAGAACGCGACCUCCUCUUACUGCUCAUAGCCGUUGGCAGAGUCGACAAGUCUGCCAAAGCCUCGGCAUGGGACACUGUCCACGCUUUGUUCCUGGCGAAGGGACACAACAAGGCUCGCAACGCUCUGCAAACCCGCUGGAGCCGUGAACUGAAACAGCACUCGGACGCCAUCACUGGCCUCAUCGAUGGCCUCGAAGAGGAGGUCAAGGCCGUUCGCAAGGACGCCGGAAGCAUCGCCGUUCAGAGGAAGAAGGGACGCGGCAACCAGACCGCUGCGUUAGAUCCCAUUGUGGAGGAAGCUGAAUAUGAACAUUACAAGGAGGAGAACCAUCCCCAUGACGCCCUCUCCGAUCGCAGAGCUACACCGGGGCCUUCCCAGCCCCGGAAAGGGAGUCAAUCCAGCCGGUCAAGCCAUUCGUCCAGACAGACCACGCCCACACCCGAUACAUCUGUGGCUGAAGAUUGCCGUACGAAUCUCCAUGGCAAAGGAAAGGGCAAGAGCUCGGACAUCAGCGCUGUCAAGCUGCUCGACAUCCCCUACCGAGCGGACCUCAAGGGUCUGUUGCCGAUCAUUGAUACAACUGGUAAAGUUCGAGGCUUCAUGGCCCUAGAUAAUGAGACUGCCGGACCUGACAUUCACGCCUUUCAUGAGACAACUCUGUCGAACACUCUCGCCGAACGUGGAUAUGAGAGUGCCGACGUGCCCGGCCUCUUGUGGGCUGGUGAUGGCAAUCUUCUCUCCACCAACCCCGAGCGCUCCACGUCAGGUCAGACCACGACCAGUACCCGCAACGGUGGGAAUGUAGCCCGUGCCGCACAUACCGGCGCCCAAGACUCGCAUGUCCCUCAUGGCACUUCCCGUUGUGGAUUUCGAAUGGAUCGCUACAGGUUCCCAUCGCCGCCAAUCAACCGCGGUAGAGGCUCCGCCAACCACACAGAAGACCAGACCUGCCUGCCGACGGCCGGCGGCGGCGGCGGCGGUGAUGCAGACCCGUUCAAGAUCGACAUCUCGGAGAACAUCGAUCCGGCUUUGCUCGUGUGGAAUGAAGACCCGUGGGCUGACCUGCGCGGUCGUAGUCCGGCGGCAUUUGGUGACGACCCCUUUGCGGAUCUCAUGGGCCCGAACGACCCGACGCGGGACUUUGCGUGUGGGAAUGACUUGAUAUUCCCGCUUGAGCUAGAGCAGAACGUCCUGGAUGAGGCAUACCCGGUUAUCGGCUUGGACGGUGGCUCUGGGGAAGAUAACGGAGCGGGUGAGAGAGCCACGGGUUCGUCCUCGAGGUCGGGAUAA